UUAAAAGUAAUAUUAAUAUUAGAUAUUUCUAAGAGGGGAGGAUGGAGAACGUCUCCUCGCACAAACACUUCAUCCUCAAUGGUUUCAACGAACUCGGAGCGCUGAGGCCCGUCCUCUUCAUCCCAUUUUCCAUCAUGUUCGUUGUGUCGUUGUCAGCCAACUCCCUGCUGCUGUAUGUUGUCAUUUCUCAGAGGAGCCUCCACUCACCGAUGUGCAUCCUCAUCGCUGGCAUGGCGUUUGUGGACCUGAGCCUCCCACUGUUCUUCGUGCCCAACAUGCUGCUGAGCUUCUUGUUCGACUGGAGGGGAAUCUCUCUGCUCGGCUGCCUGGUUCAGAUCUACUUUGUUCACCUGUUAGGAACCUUUCAGUCCACUCUGCUGCUGUGGAUGGCGCUGGACCGCUACUUCGCCAUCUGCACGCCACUUUACUACCAUGAAUGCAUGGCCUUACCAAGAUUCUUCAAAUUCGUGAUGCCUCUGCUGAUCAGAAAUGUGCUCAUGGUCACGCUGAUCGUAACCCUGGCAGGAUCACUGUCAUUCUGCAGUCCAAAUGUGAUAAACCACUGUUUCUGUGAGCACAUGGCCUUAGUGGAGCUGGCCUGUGGAAGCACCGCUGUCAACAAUCUGGUGGGGCUGUUGACUGUGUCCCUCAUCCCCGUAGCUGACUUCAUCAUCAUCACUGCCUCCUACAUAGUCAUAUUCAGAUCUGUUCUGAGUUCAGGCCAGUCAGGAGUCAAAGCACUUCACACCUGCAUCACCCACAUCGUGGUCAUGUCUGUCAGCCUGACCAUCAUACUCGUCGCUUUCCUGUCAUAUCGGAUAAGAAACGGUCCUCCAGCAGCCAUUCGGGUCUUCUUCAGCAUCAUGUACCUGCUGUUCCCGAGCUGUUUCAACCCGAUCAUCUACGGCAUCAGAACCACCGAGAUCCGACAGCACAUUGUGAAGACACUAAUGUGCGGUCGCUUUCUUAAAACGGUUGCCCAUUCUUAA